CAAAACCUCCGGCUGUCCUGAGCCAUUCAACGGGCCGUUAUCGUGCCGGCGGUGCAUCCUCUCCCCGAUCUGUUGGGUUUCCGGCCGAAUUCUCAUCCUCCCAUCGAGACGGGGGUUGAUGCAAUGCCCUGCUGAUCUUGAUGGGAGGUGAGUCUUCCGGUGAUUUACAGUGAAUUGUAAACUCCUAUUUUGGUUCGGUUUGGUUUGAUCGAGCGAUGGAGAUGGCCGCGGUGCUGAGCUUGCAAUCCUGUUCCUUGAUCGGCUUGGACAGAUCCGGAAACAAGAAUGGUUGCUCCGUGAGGCUUCCGGAUCGGUGGUCGGAGCAGAGAAAGGUGCAGGCGGUUAGAUUUGGAGAUUCAAGGAACAUUGGGGCUCCACUUCGAUCUGGUUAUCCGGAACUGAAGAUUGCAUGUUGCUCCAAGAAAAAUAUGGGAUCGGAGAACUUCCAUAACUCUGUUGAUGCAGCUCUCAUACUCAAGAAUAAGUCAGAAGAUGUUUUUCCCUACUUGAAUGGGCGUUGUAUAUAUCUUGUUGGAAUGAUGGGUUCUGGGAAGAGUACAGUAGGAAAGAUAUUAUCUGAAGUGCUAUGCUAUUCUUUUUUCGAUAGUGAUAAAUUGGUCGAGCAGGCGGUUGGUGUUUCAUCUGUUGCUCAGAUUUUUAAGGACCAUAGCGAAGCCUUCUUCCGAGAUAAUGAGAGUAAAGUGCUGAAGGACUUGUCAUCUAUGCACCGCUUGGUUGUUGCGACUGGUGGUGGUGCUGUCAUUCGACCAAUCAACUGGAAGUAUAUGAAGCAGGGGCUAACAGUCUGGUUAGAUGUUCCUUUGGAAGCUCUAGCAAGGCGAAUUGCUGCUGUGGGUACUGCUUCCCGCCCUCUCCUGCAUCAAGAAUCUGGUGAUCCUUACAAAAAGGCUUUUGCAAAGCUUACUACACUCUCAGAGCAAAGGGGGAAGGCAUAUGCCAAUGCUGAUGCAAGAGUAUGCCUUGAUGAUAUUGCAGCUAAACAGGGUCAUGGAGACGUUUCUGUCCUUACACCAACUGAUAUAGCCCUCGAGGCGCUUAUGAAGCUUGAGUGCUUCCUUUCUGAGAACUCAUCGGUUACCAAUAGCCAAUAUAUUCAGGGUUGAAUACCUCAUCAUCCCUGGAUCCUAUCUUAAUUGCACCUUGUGCCUUUUACAACUUUUUUAUCAUUUUUUUAGUAUUUAUUCAUUGAAAUAAGUUGCUGCUCAGUAUUGUUAAGUGAAUAAAAUUGCUGCAAAGAGCUUCAACGUCCAGAUGUUUGAGGAAAUUUCCCAGCA